AUGGGGGAUGAAGAAGACAUUGUGAAACAUAUACAGAAACGCCUUCGGAGUGCCAUAAGUCCAGUGAAGGAGAUUGUGGCUGCUGAGCAGAACAAGUCUCAAGAGGGGAAGGCAGAGGUGCUUCCAGCUGAGAAGACAGAGAGGCUGGAGGCAGGAGGGAGCAGGUCAACUCACCAUGUGAAGAGAGGUGUGGAGAAAUGUUACUCAGGCUGGGAGUCACAUGGAUCUCGAUGCUUCCGCUUCUUUAAUUAUCCACACACCUGGGUAGAGGCAGAGCAAUAUUGUCUGCACUUUCAUGCCAACCUUGUCUCCAUCCACGAUUCAUAUGAGAACUAUUUUGUCAAGGAACUCAUAAGGAGAGAAACAGGUCAACAUCCUCGAACAUGGAUCGGUGCCACUGACAGUAAUCAGAACAGCUUGUGGUUUUGGACCGACGGCUCAAGGUUUGACUAUUCAGCCUGGGACACCGCACAGCCCGAUAACUGGAAGGGCACAGAGCACUGCGUCGAGAUGAACCAUGGAGUGAAGAAAGGCUGGAAUGACGCGGAAUGUCAGCACAAAUUUCCGUUUGUGUGCUCCAAAAGGAUGAGCUGCUGAACUCACACAGCCAGUGGAGCCAGGAAUGAGGAUAAAGAGCAAUACAAGAUGAUAUGUUUUUCAAAUCCACUUUAAAAUUCCUACACCAGUCAGUACAGAUCUGUAAUUUGCUCAUUCUCCUAUAAAGAUUUUUAAGCAACAAAUAAAUUCAAGUGUCUUGUGUUUUUUGAUCUGUAGCUCCUCACGCAGGACCUGUGGCUGAGCUGUUGUUUACAGUGCGCUCUGAAGAAAAAUUGUUUUAUCAUUUGUCAUCCUAUUAAUUCUGUUGAAACACUUUAACACAUAAUCUUGCCACUGCAAAUCUCUGAUGUAAAUUUACAGUGAAGUCGGAAAAGAUAUUGAUAUAAUACAUGAUUAGAGCGCUUUAUUUACAGGAGUUUACUGUAAACAGCUGAAUAUCUUGUUGGUGAUAGAAACGUGUGGGGUCUUAAAUUUGA